GCAUGCAUACAUUGCCGCAGAGCAGUAAGAGAGCUACUUUAAGUAGUGCAUAGAGCUGUAACCGUAUCUGUAUUGCAGCAGGUAGAGCUGAGCGCUAGGACCUCGGAGAAUCCUCCCAGUAGCAAUCAGGACUACCUUAAACCCAGCCCAAUGCCUCUUCCUGCGCCACUCUGCGUGCUGGAUGGAGAUCCACAGUCAAGAGCUGCAGCUCAGUGCUGGAGUACAACAUUUCACAGGGAGCCCUGCAGAAGCAACACCUGUUUCGAGCCAGCCAAGAAAGACACAAGCACUUAAUCUUCUGAUGGCUCCCUUAGGUGAAGUUGGGAACUAUUUCGGUGUGCAGGAUGCAGUACCCUUUGGGAAUGUGCCCGUUUUGCCGGUGGAUAGUCCGGUUUUGUUAAGUGACCACCUGGGUCAGUCUGAGGCAGGUGGGCUACCCAGGGGGCCUGCAGUCACGGACUUGGACCAUUUAAAGGGGAUCCUCAGGCGGAGGCAGCUAUACUGCAGGACUGGAUUUCAUUUAGAAAUCUUCCCCAAUGGUACUAUCCAGGGAACCAGGCAAGACCACAGCAGAUUUGGCAUACUGGAAUUUAUCAGUAUAGCAGUGGGCUUGGUCAGCAUUCGAGGGGUAGACAGUGGACUCUACCUUGGAAUGAAUGAAAAAGGAGAACUGUAUGGCUCGGAAAAAUUAACCCAGGAGUGUGUAUUCAGAGAGCAGUUUGAAGAAAACUGGUAUAAUACAUAUUCAUCAAAUCUAUAUAAACAUGUAGACACUGGAAGACGAUAUUAUGUUGCGUUAAAUAAAGAUGGGACUCCAAGAGAAGGGACUAGGACUAAACGGCAUCAAAAAUUUACACAUUUUUUACCUAGACCGGUGGACCCUGAGAAAGUACCUGAACUAUAUAAGGAUAUUUUAAGCCAAAGUUGACAAAGACAAUUCCUUCACUUGAGCCCUUAAAAAGUAACCACUAUAAAGGUUUCAUGCGGUGGGUUCUUAUUGAUUAGCUGUGCCAUCACAUCAGCUCCACUGUUGCCAAACUUUGUCGCAUGCAUAAUGUAUGAUGGAGGCUUGGAUGGAACAUGCUGAUUUUGUUCUGCACUUAAAGGUUUCUCCUCCUGGAGGAGAGCCUAUGCCCACUCACUUGAUUUAUUAUGAGAGAGAGAAGAGAGUGUGUGUGAGAGAGAGUGAGAAAGAAUGAAAGAGAAAGAAAGAAGCAAAAGCAAGGAGGAAAAAGGACUGAUGCAUGCUGGGAAAUAGACACGCUUUUAAAUUUUUGAUCAGUUGUACUUCAUCAUAUAUCAGCAUAGCUGCCAUACUUUGAUUCAUCAGGAUUUUUGGCUGGUGGCCUGCUCAAGUGUACGCUGCAUUUACAAAGGCAUGGAGGGUGCAGUCUUACUUAAACAAGAGACUUUUCAGUUAACUGCUCACGGGGUAUCGUCCCCUUGAGUUUAAAGCAAAGACCUCUUAGUGAAAAAAAAAAAAGUUAAAUUUAUUUAUAGAAAUUCCAAAGGCAACAUUUUAUUUAUUUUAUAUAUUUAUUUAUUAUAGAGAGUUUAUUUUUAAUGAAAUAUGUACAGGCCAGAUAGGCAUUUUGGAAGCUUUAGGCUCUGUAAGCAUUAAAAUGGCAAAGGCCACUAUGAACCUGUGGUAAAUUCAUGCAAGUAAAUAUAAAAGGUGCAUGGAUACAAAAACAAUUCUAGUGACCCUAAUGUACUAAAGGCGACAAUCUAUUCUGUGCCCAUAUUAUUGUAAAAGUAUGCACACCACUCAUGACACUGAGUAUUCACUCUUCUGACUGCUUGUUUCAUAGCUUACCCCCAGAGGAUUAAAGAUAAAACUGGGUCUUCAACUUUUAUUCUGUGUCUGUAAUAUUUCCUCUCUGAUAAAGUGACUUAUUCCAUCGUUGUAAACUUCUCAGUUGUGGAAAAUAUAGGGGUUGGUAUGUACUCUACUUGUUAAAACCUAUUGCAAAUUAUACCAAAGCUAAAUGAUAAAUAUGCUUUUUUAAAGCAGAACACCAGAAACAACUUAACUAAUAUAAAUGGUUGUACUAAUUAAGAUUAUCACAGAUAACACAGAAUGGUUUAAGAGGGCAAGAACCAGGUUAACAGGAUCUCUCUUGUAAACAUGUUUAUUUGUGCACUUGACUAUCUGCUAUGAAAUUAUACAAGUUCCAUAGGGGUCAUUGUAACAUCUUUUAUGGAAAAUUGCUUUCAGUGUGAACUGUCAUAAUACAUGAUAUUAGCACCCUUCUUAAAGUAAAACUUGCAAAAUGAAACUAAUAAAUCUCUAUCAGUAAUGACAAUGAGGGGGAAAGUAUUAUACUUGUUUUUUUUCCCUGAAGUUACCUUCAAAUAUUCAUAAACUAUAAAUGAGAUUACAAUAUGUAAUAUACUUUAUAUGGAUUUUGUAUCAUUUUAUGUUAAGCACAUAAACACAUAUUGUUACUGGUAAUAAUUUUGGAACUUGUUGUUAGGAAAGAGACUAUUUUUCACAAUACUCUGAGGAAAAAGGAGCAAAAUUGUUAGCAUAUUUAACAAAAUGGAAUUUAUAAUUUUUGUAUUACUUACGUUUUGACCUUACUUCACUUUGCCACUGAAUUCACUGGGAGAUAGAUCAGGCCUUAAUGCUCCUAGCCAACUGCAUACAGAGACUGACUGUGAUCAUGGACAUAUUUUGGGGUAGCUAUACUUACCAUUUCUAACCCAAUUUUGAUUAUUAAUCCUUUUUUUGCUCUAAUGCAUAAUUGUCUAUGUGGUAUAAAAUAUGUAAUUUGAAACUUAAAUCUAUUAUGGAAUAGCAUAUGGCUUAAUGUCAUGGACGCGUGACUUUUCUGUGCUCCCAGAUAUAAUAGGUAGCAGAGACUGUGUCUUGACUCACACCACUAGUAUACUAAAUCAAAUAGAAAUGUGGCAUUUUAUAAUAAUUGUUUUUGAAUGCUAAAGCUAUAUAAAUUAACUUAGUUGAUUUAAGAUAUAGUUAGGCAUUGCCUGUUUGUUUAUUUGUGUAGGGACUAUGUUCUUGUUCAAGAAUUUACAGCAUUUUAUAAUAGCUUA